AUGGCAGUGAAAUUAAAUGCACGGCGACGCUGGCUGAAAAUACGCAAUUAUCUUGAUGAGCGACACGGAGUGAAAGUGAAUUUUAGUGCUCGCCAUAGCAAUUAUUAUUCAGCGUGGCAGUACACCACAAAGGAAGACGAGAGUUACUUACAGUCUGAUAACCAUCCCGAUUUGACUAAUACUCCUGCACCCAAUACUUCAAGGGCUACGGAAAUGCACACUGGACUUGCCAAUGGAGGAAGGAAGCAUAAAAAGUCCUCCCAAAGUUUAUCGGUUUAUGAUGUAUCGCAGAUAUCGGUAAACAAUGGCAUAAAAACUCGGUUAGAGCUGCUGGUGUUAGCACAAAAGCCAAAAAGUGAGGGGAAACUUGACUGGCGCAGUUCAUCGUGA